AUAUAUGCAAGGGAUCGGUUAUUGGAAUCACUAUAUAUAGUGUCCGAGAAGUUGACAGAUCUUACAUUUAAUUCGGUAAUUUAAAUGGCGUUCUCUUGUUUAUCUAUACAAAUUUGGAUAUGCAUGUUACAGAUUGCUCUAGGAGUUUUGGAUAAUAAAGGGACAGAAUUUUUGGUAGCUUUCAUGGACAACAAAGUUUUACAUGGACAUGAUUUCAAGCCAGAGUUAUUCGUAACAACAGACAGCAGACAUAUUGUUCAUAUUAAUAUUUCAUCUCCAGGCAUUUCAAAUUCACAAUUGCGUACGCAAUUUACCGUCUCACGUGGCCAGGUUCACUUAGUUCAGAUUGAUACGAGUUAUCGAUUGGACCACACAGAAUCAUCUCAAAAAGCUAUACUUAUACAGUCCGACAAAGACAUCAUUGUGUAUGGUGUAAACCGUGAAUCACAUUCAGAUGACGGCUACCUUGCCCUGCCGACAGAUGCUUUAGGUACAGAAUAUUACACUAUUUCCUAUUCUCCUGCUUACUACUAUACCCUUUUUACUGUCAUCGGGGUUUAUAACGAUACUUCUGUCUCUAUUCACUUGCCUAAUACGCCUCAUCUGAAUGUUACCCUAAAUGGACACAACUAUCACCGAAAUCAAUGGAUAAAUCUGACUUUAAAUAGAUUCAGUACAUUAGAAAUUAGUUCCGUAGCAGAUUUAACGGGAAGUCAUAUUUUAUCCGAUAAAGCAGUAGGAGUUUUAAGUGGAAAUAAGAAAGCGGUAGUAGGUAAUACCGGAAAAUCACGUGAUCAUCUUGUAGAAAUGUUACUUCCGGUAUCUUCCUGGGGUAAAAAAUUUGUCACAAUUCCGAUACCUGAAAGACACGUUGGGGAUAUUUUUAGGUUCUUAGCUAGUAAAGACAAUACACAAAUAACUGUCCACGGCAUUAUUGAAGGAAAACAGUUUCACGAUCAAAUUAAUAUAGCUAAAGCAGGACAUUAUGUUCAAAAACAGUAUAGUUCAGGCUUGCAUUCCCAUGUUGUAUCGGACAAACCCAUAACAUUGUUUCAAUUUUCCAUGACGCAGCAGAGAGGUGGUAACGACUUAGCUGAUCCUUCCUUGAUAACGAUUCCUCCAAUUGAACAGUAUGCCGCCCGUUACACGUUCACAACUCCACAAUAUUCUAAAGGAAACUAUACCAAUUAUUUCAUGUUUGUUGUCAAGAGUUCUCUGAAACAUGGUCUUAGGCUUGACCACCAUCAGUUACCCGGAAACACGAUUUAUCACCAUAUACCUGGGACUCAUUUAGUCGCUGGCUACGUAAAAGUAUCAGUCGGAACGCAUUCUGUAACCAAUGUAAACCACACAGUUGUAGGUGGUAUACUGUUCGGAAUGGCAAAGUUAGAGUCGUAUGGAUUUCCUGUUGGGUUGCUACUCAAGCCACUUAAUUCAGGUUGUCAACAUCAAAAAGCGAUGGAGUAUGGUGAUGAAAUUGAUAACGACUGUGAUGGAGAUGUAGACGAAGAGGAAUGUGAUGGCAAAGAUGAUGAUGGGGACGGACAUAUUGAUGAAGACUGCAGAUGCUGUGCUCCUAUGAUCUCUAUUCCUAACGUUAUAGUUGGAAGACGUCGAUAGAAGAUUUUUGAUUUUUGACAAUACAGAUUUUGGAUCAACUUAA